CAGUGCGCAUGCGCAGAUGGUUGACGUGCGCUGAGUGCUGAAGAAAAAGAACAAACGGCGCCAUGCGCUUCCAUCAGACUCGCGGCUUGCGCUGAGACAUCUCAAGUGUCAAAAUAUAGAUGUCCUGGGAAUGUGAGCGUGUCAGAUUUCCUUCGGUCAAAGCAGGUGAGAGAGCCGACUGUAAUGAACUUACAGGGCAGCGUUAAUUCAGUUUCAGUUCUGGAUGCUUGUGGUUAAGUUGCAGGGUGAUACUGUAAGCAGGGCGCUGAGGUGGCAUAAGUACAGGGAUAUACAGCGUAAAACAUGGAGGGAAAGUCAAAGGAAAGCGAGAACCUGGAGCGAGAACGGCAGUUUUGCGAGCUGUGCGGGAAAAUGGAGAACCUGAUGAAGUGCGGACGGUGUCGCAGCUCGUUCUACUGCAGCAAAGAGCACCAGAGACAGGACUGGAAGAAGCACAAGCGCGUGUGUAAGGAGGCCGACAAGCCGCAGACCGCUGGAGAGUGCAGCGCGACACAAUGUAACACUUCUGAGAAGCCGAAACAAUGUAACACUUCUCAGAGCGACUCUUCUCUUGUGACGUCAGCCGGCGAAGGCAUGCGAGAUUUUAUCAAGUCCGCCACAGACUCGGAUACGGUGUCUGACACCAAACCGCCCGGUGACGGCGUGUCCAACAGUUCCAAACCCAACGGACAGACGCGGUACCCGCCGCAGAAACUGGCCACGGACUAUAUCGUGCCCUGCAUGAACAAGCACGGCAUCUGUGUGCUGGACAACUUCCUCGGGGACGAGAUCGGACGCGGCAUUCUGGAGUACGUCCGAGCCCUCUACCUGACCGGCGGCUUCACGGACGGACAGCUGGUCAGUCAGAGGAGCGACUCGUCCAAGGACAUUAGGGGGGAUAAGAUCACCUGGGUGGAGGGCAAAGAGCCGGGCUGUGAGCGGAUAGCGUUUCUCAUGAGCCGCAUGGACGAUCUGAUCCGACACUGUAUCGGCAAACUGGGCGACUACAGGAUCAAUGGAAGGACAAAAGCAAUGGUGGCAUGUUACCCUGGCAACGGGACAGGAUAUGUACGGCACGUGGAUAACCCUAAUGGAGAUGGGAGAUGUGUCACCUGCAUUUAUUACCUGAAUAAAGACUGGGAUGCCAAGGAACAUGGUGGGAUUCUGCGGAUCUUUCCAGAGGGAACAGCUCAGUUUGCAGACAUUGAGCCUAAGUUUGACAGACUCCUACUCUUUUGGUCAGACAGAAGGAACCCACAUGAGGUCCAGCCAGCUUACGCCACCAGGUAUGCCAUAACAGUGUGGUAUUUUGACGCUGAUGAGCGGGCACGAGCUAAAGAGAAAUAUCUAACAGGUGCAGGUGAACGGGGUGUGAAAGUAGAGCUAAACAAGCCGUCUGAGCCCAGCUUGUGAACGAGGGAUAAAGUGGACAGGGUGGACCUCCAAAGAGCUGCUGCCGGCUGCUGAUAGAGGGAUGAGCAGAGGCGGAAAGAAAGCCAGCAAUCGACUUUCUCAUUCACCUCUCCGUCAUCUAUAAGGGACUCUGAAUGUGACAAAGCUGUGCUGUGAAGACAGACUAUACAUGCUUUGUGUUUCCUUUAUGAAACAUGCUGGCUUUCAUAUGUUAAGGAUGGACAGAAUGCUAAAAUUAAGGGUGUGUGGUGGUUAUUUUAAUGUACAGUUUUUCCACCCCGGUCCCCAUCAGCUUUGUCUUUGCACAUUUAUUAGUAAAGGUACCGUUUUGACUGGCAGUGCCACAAGCUACAUACAAAAAAACAAAACCCUUUUCAAAUUUAUUAGCUAUGAAAUGUACUGUAUGUACUAUUCUGCUCAAAGAGUCACUGUAUAAUAUUGGAUUUGUGUUUUUGUAUGGUUCGUAAUACAGUUUUCCGGGCUCUCCUAAUUGGAGCUACAUGGAACAUGCUUCUGCAUCAUGGCUUGCAUAGUAACCAGGUGCGUUGCUGGAUUGUGUUUGCCAGUUAUCAGCCAAUUUGUCUGUUGUUGCAGACGUUAUGUCUCUGUUGCCUGAAGCCAAAACUGACAUCUCAUGUCUGUCUAAGAGAUCUGAGUUUUAAAUAAAAAGGCAUUUUUUUCCCAA